CCAUUCACUUAGAGAGAGAGCGACCCGCCCGGGUUCUGGAAGCCGCAGCCGUUCCGCGCGCCCUCCUGCUCCUGUUCCCCCCCACGUGUCGCCGCGCGUCCCCGUCAAAAUCGGAUCGCCGGGGAAAAAACGAAGUGUGCUGGAAAUACAGCAAUACUGCGUUGCACAGUGUUGUACUGAGGUCUAAUCCUAACUGUCAAUAGAGAGAAGCGAGUGUGUGUACGGAAGGGAAGGGAAGCGCUCCUCGUUUCCUUCUGCUCUGACUGUCACAACUUAAACUUAGUGACAAGCGCGGCGAAGCAGCGGCCGAAAAAGCCACUCGCUGACACUUGGCUCUCUCUCUCUCUCUCUCUCUCUCGUCUUGAGUGACGAUCGCUCAGUCACCGCGACUGUCCGCGCCGAGGAACCACCAUGAGCAACUCCGCGCACUACGACGAGCCUCCUGCGGAGCAGCAGCAGGGCGCCGAAGACACCCCGGACACGGAGAAGGACCUGGCCGAGGAUGCGCCCUGGAAGAAGAUCCAGCAGAACACGUUCACCAGGUGGUGCAACGAGCACCUCAAGUGCAUCAGCAAGAACGUGACGGACCUGCAGAAGGACUUCGGCGACGGGCUCAAGCUCAUCGCGCUGCUCGAGGUGUUGAGCCAGAAGAAGAUGCACCGAAAGCACAACCCGAGACCGAACUUCAGGCAGAUGAAGCUGGAGAACGUGUCGGUGGCGCUCGAGUUCCUGGACAGAGAGCACAUCAAACUGGUGUCCAUAGAUAGUAAGGCCAUUGUAGACGGGAACUUGAAGCUGAUCCUGGGGCUCAUCUGGACACUGAUUCUGCACUAUUCCAUCUCCAUGCCCAUGUGGGAGGAUGAGGAUGAUGAGGAAGCAAAGAAGUUGACCCCCAAACAGAGACUUCUUGGCUGGAUCCAGAACAAAGUCCCACAGCUGCCCAUCAACAACUUCAACCGGGACUGGAGGGACGGCAAGGCCCUGGGUGCACUCGUGGACAACUGUGCCCCUGGUCUAUGUCCAGACUGGGAAGAGUGGGACCCCAAGCAGCCUGUGGAUAAUGCCACGGAGGCAAUGAAGCAGGCUGAUGACUGGCUUGGUGUGCCACAGGUUAUUGCACCCGAAGAGAUUGUGGAUCCAGAUGUAGAUGAGCACUCUGUGAUGACCUACCUGUCUCAGUUCCCCAAAGCCAAAUUGAAGCCCGGGGCUCCAGUGCGCCCCAGACAGCCAGAUCCUAAGAAGGUCAAGGCCUAUGGGAAAGGGAUCGAGCCAAAAGGAAACGUGGUGUUAAAGCCAGCCACGUUCACAGUGGAGACCAUGGAUGCAGGUCUGGGAGAAGUCCUUGUUUAUGUGGAGGACCCUGAAGGACACACAGAGGAGGCUAAAGUUAUUGCCAACAAUGACAAGAAAAGGACAUACACUGUCACCUACGUGCCGAAGGUGGAAGGCCCUCACAAGGUGAAGGUUCUCUUUGCAGGACUGGACAUUAAUAAAAGCCCCUUCAAUGUCCAUGUGUCCAAAGUGUCUGGAGAUGCCAGCAAAGUGCAGGCUCAAGGACCAGGGUUGGAACCUGUGGGCAACACUGUCAACAAACCCACUUACUUUGACAUCUACACUACAGGGGCUGGGGAGGGUGAUGUGGGUGUUGUCAUCACGGACCCUGCUGGUAAGGCGGACACGGUGAAACCCUUGCUGGAGAAGAAAGGUGAUGGUGUUUUCCGCUGCACAUAUCGGCCCAUGCAGGAGGGACCCCACUCCGUCCACGUCACAUUCGCUGGCAAGCCGAUCCCUAAGAGCCCCUUCCCCGUCAGCAUCUCAAAAGCCAGCGAUGCCAAGGCUUGCCAUGCAUCAGGAAGAGGCCUCCAGCCAAGGGGACUGCGAGUGAAGGAGGUGGCUGAUUUCAAGGUGUUCACCAAAGGAGCGGGCAGCGCGGAGCUCAAGGUGGUGGUGAAGGGGCCCAAAGGCGGAGAGGAGCCGGUUAACGUGCGGGAGGUGGGAGAUGGAGUCUUUCAUUGUGAUUAUUUCCCCACCGUACCUGGGAAAUACACCGUCUCCAUCACCUGGGGGGGUAAAGCCAUUCAACGCAGUCCCUUCGAAGUUAUCGUCGGUAAGCCUGCAGGACCUCAGAAGGUCCGAGCUUGGGGUCCUGGGCUGGAGACUGGAGUGGUGGGCAAGUCCGCUGAUUUUGUGGUGGAGGCCAUCGGAAGAGAUGCGGGAACUCUGGGCUUCUCCAUCGAGGGCCCGUCCCAAGCCAGGAUCGAAUGCGAUGACAAGGGUGACGGUUCCUGGGAUGUGCGUUACUGGCCCACGGAGCCGGGCGACUAUGCUGUGCAUGUCAUUUGUGACCAUGAGGACAUUAAGGACAGCCCUUUUAUAGCCCACAUCCUCCCUGCUGACAAGAAUGUGUUCCCAGAGAAGGUAAAGGCCUUUGGUCCAGGCCUGGAGCCCAGCGGCUGCAUUGUUAACAGGCCAGCAGAAUUCAUUGUUGACUCCCGGGGAGGUGGGGAAGGCCAGCUCAAGAUCUAUAUCCAGGAUGCUGAUGGCCUCACCAUUGACGUCCAGAUCACGGACAAAGGAGACGGCACGUUCACGUGUGUCUAUGUUCCAACGAAGCCUAUUAAACACACGGUGGUCAUCACCUGGGGGGACACCAGCAUUCCGAACAGCCCCUUCAGGGUGGCCAUUGGGGAGGGCAGUUACCCAGCCAAGGUCAAAGUGUACGGUCCAGGUGUGCAGAAGACCGGACUGAAGGCAAACGAGCCCACGUACUUCACCGUAGACUGCAGUGAAGCUGGAAGAGGUGAUGUCAGCAUUGGAAUCAAGUGUGCCCCUGGUGUUGUGGGUCCAUCUGAAGUGGACAUUGACUUUGACAUCGUCAAAAAUGAUAAUGACACAUUCACAGUGAAAUACGUUCCUCCAGGGCCUGGUCUCCACACGGUCAUGGUGCUGUUUGCUGACCAGGAAAUCUCCACGAGCCCUUUCCACGUCAAUGUGGAACCAUCCCACAAUGCCGCCAAAGUGAGGGCUGAGGGUCCUGGCCUUAGUAAGACAGGUGUGGUGGUCGGUCAGCCGACCCACUUCACCGUUUUCACCAAGGGAGCGGGCAAAGCCAAGCUGGAUGUGCACUUUGCUGGAGCCUCCAGGGGAGAAGCAGUGCGAGACUUUGAGAUCAUUGACAACCAUGAUUACUCCUACACUGUCAAGUACACGGCCUUACAGCAGGGAAACAUGACCAUCUCCGUCUCUUAUGGAAAUGAUCCCAUUCCCAACAGCCCCUUUGUUAUUUCUGUGGCCCAACCUCUCAACCUCAGCCAGGUCCAGGUUAAAGGACUCAACAACAAAGUGGAGGUUGGGAAAGACCAAGAGUUUACGGUUAACACUCAGGGAGCUGGUGGACAGGGUAAGGUAGAUGUGAAGAUCACCUCACCUUCUCAGCGACCAAUCCCGUUCAAAAAACAGUCCGAUAUAUCCAAUACAGUCCACUCAGUGCAAUACAUCCCCCCGGAAGAAGGGCCCUACAAGGUGGAAGUGGCCUACGAUGGAAAAUCAGUCCCUGGGAGUCCCUUCAUUGUGGAAGCAGUUUUGCCCCCUGACCCCUCCAAGGUACGUGCCCAUGGACCAGGUCUGAAAGGAGGGGUUGUAGGGAAGCCGGCGCCCUUCACAAUUGACACCAAAGGGGCAGGUACCGGCGGUCUGGGUGUAACGGUGGAGGGGCCGUGCAAGGCCAAGACUGAGUGCCAGGAUAAUGGCAAUGGCUCAUAUGCUGUGUCCUACCUCCCUACUGAGCCUGGGGUAUACUCCAUUAAUGUCCUCUAUGGUGAAGCCCACAUCCCUGGCUCACCCUUUAAGGCCGUGGUAAAACCAGCUUUUGACCCCAGCAAGGUUUCAGCCAGUGGACCAGGGCUGGAACGGGGCAAGGCCAAUGAGGUGGGCUCCUUCACUGUGGAUUGCUCCAAGGCCGGAGAGGCUGAACUGACCAUUGAAAUUAUAACCGACUCAGGGGCCAAAGCUGAGGUGCACAUUCAGAGUAACAACGAUGGCACAUACUCUGUCACGUACACCCCACCUUUCCCUGGCACAUACACCAUCGUCAUUAAAUACGGAGGACACAAUGUGCCCAAGUUUCCUGCCCGAGUACAGGUGGAGCCCUCUGUUGACACCAGCAAAGUAAAAGUCUACGGACCGGGAGUGGAACCCAGAGGGGUCCUUCGAGAAGUCACCACGCAUUUCAUGAUCGAUGUUCGCGCCCUGGCCAAAAAGGGAAGCAGUCGUGUGAAGGCCAGAAUGAUUAGCCCCUCCGGGUCAAGCACUGACAUCAAUAUCCUCGACAAGCAAGACGGCACUUACAGAGCCGAAUACACAGCACAUGAAGAUGGUAUGUACCUCAUUGAGGUUACGUACGAUGACGUCGCCGUUCCCAACAGCCCAUUCAAGGUGCAAGUCAGCGAGGGCUGUGACCCAACUCGUGUGCGAGCGUACGGCCCCGGUCUAGAAGAGGGGCUGGUUGGCAAGGUGAAUUACUUUACUGUAGAGACACGGGGUGCUGGUGCCGGGGGUCUCAGUCUGACUAUGGAAGGUCCUUCUGAGGCUAAAAUGUUUUGCAAAGACAACAAGGAUGGCAGCUGCCAUGUGGAAUACCUCCCAAGUGCAGCCGGAGACUAUGACAUCAACAUCAGUUUCGGAGGCCUCCCUAUCCCAGGCAGUCCUUUCCGUGUCCCCGUGAAGACAGUGGUGGACCCCAGCAAGGUUAGGUGCUCUGGCCCUGGGUUAGGGACUGGGGUCCGAGCCCACGUCCCACAAACCUUUACCGUCGACAGCAGUAAAGCAGGUGUGGCUCCCCUCAAAGUGCAGCUUCUUGGACCUACCGGUGUGCCCGAGCCAGUCAACAUUACCAGCAGCGGCGACGGCUUGCAUACAGUCCGAUACACCCCUGGCAGCAGCGGCCCUUACACCAUAUCUGUCACGUAUGCUGACCAGGAGGUCCCCCACAGCCCCUUCCAGGUAGCCGUGCUGCCCACUCACGAUGCCAGUAAGGUGCGUGCCAGUGGCCCUGGCCUUGAUGUGUCGGGAGUGGCAGCCAGUUUACCGGUGGAGUUCACCAUAGACGCACGGCACGCCGGGGAGGGGCUGCUCACAGUGCACAUACUGGAUCCAGAGGGGAAGCCAACAAAAGCCAACAUCCAGAACAACAGAGAUGGGACCUACACUGUCUCUUACAUGCCGGCCAUGAGCGGACCCUAUGCCAUCACCAUCAAAUACGGCGGAGAUGAUAUCCCAUAUUCUCCAUACCACAUCAAUGCCCUGCCUACUGGUGAUGCCAGCAAGUGUGUGGUCAGGGUAUCUGUUGCAGGGCAUGGAUUAGGUCUUGGCUCUACCAUUGUGCUAAGAGAUGAGACUGUCAUCACUGUGGAUGCGAAAGCUGCUGGGAAGGGAAAGGUCACCUGUAAAGUGUCAACGCCUAGUGGCACAGAACUGGACAUGGAUGUGGUGGAAAACUUGGAUGGCACUUUUGACAUCUUCUACACUGCCCCAGAGCCAGGAAAAUAUGUCAUCACCAUCCGCUUUGGGGGAGAGCUCAUCCCUAGAAGCCCCUUCCAUGUGGAGGCCACAGAUCAACCCAUAGCUCCUGCUGGGGAGAUGGAGCAAAGACUGCGCCCUUUCAGCAUGGUCAUCCCGUUCAUCUUGAAGAAAGGCGAGAUCACAGGGGAUGUCCGCAUGCCUUCUGGCAAGACAGCUCGCCCUCAUAUUAUAGACAACAAGGAUGGUACUCUGACAGUACGCUAUUCCCCCACGGAGAAAGGCCUGCACGAGAUGGACAUCAAGUACGACGGCAACAACAUUCCUGGCAGUCCCCUGCAGUUCUACGUGGAUGCUAUCAGCUGCGGCUACGUGACAGCCUACGGGCCCGGUCUGAGCUACGGCAUGGUGAACAAACCCGCCGUGUUCACCGUUGUCACUAAGGAUGCAGGCAAAGGAGGCCUGUCUCUGGCUGUGGAGGGUCCCUCCAAAGCAGCCAUUACCUGCAAGGACAACAAAGACGGUACCUGCACCGUAUCCUACCUGCCCACUGCCCCUGGUGACUACAGCAUCAUCGUCAAGUUUGAUAACAGACACAUCCUCGGGAGUCCAUACACUGCCAAGAUUACAGCUGAUGACUCCCUAAGGAAAUCACAACUUAAUGUUGGUGCAGCAACAGACCUCUCUCUGAAGAUCACAGAGACAGACCUGAGUUUGCUGACAGCCAGUAUCCGAGCGCCAUCGGGCAGCGAGGAGCCAUGCCUUUUGAAGAGGCUUCCCAAUUUCCACACUGGGAUCUCGUUCACACCUAAGGAGGUUGGUGAACAUAUAGUUAAUGUGAAGAAGGGUGGACAACAUGUGACUAACAGUCCCUUCAAGAUCAUGGUAGGCCAGUCUGAAAUUGCGGAUGCAAGCAAGGUCAAGGUGUCCGGCAAAGGCAUUUUGGAGGGCCACACCUUUAAGGUGACAGAAUUUUUUGUGGACACAAGAAAUGCAGGUUACGGGGGUCUAGGGCUGUCCAUUGAGGGUCCAAGUAAAGUAGAUAUUAACUGUGAAGACACAAAGGAUGGGAUGUGCAAGGUGACUUAUUGCCCAACAGAGCCGGGCAACUACAUCAUCAACAUCAAGUUUUCUGAGCAUCACGUCCCAGGAAGCCCGUUCACAGUGAAGGUGAUGGGUGAGGGCCGAAUGAAGGAGAGCAUCACGACAAAAAGACAGGCGUCUUCCAUCGCAUCGGUGGGCAGCACCUGUGACCUCAGCCUCAAAAUCCCAGGGAACUGGUUCCAGAUGGUGUCGGCCCAGGAGCGUCUGACACGCACGGUCACGCGCAGCAGCCACACCUACACGCGCACUGAACGCACGCAGGUCAGCCAGACACGCGGUGGGGAGACCACACGCCAAGUGCACGUUGAGGAGAGCACGCAGGUUGGGGGAGACCCUUUCCUCAAUGUCUUCGGGGGCUUUCUGGGCCGAGAGAGCCUGAGCAGUUUCAGCGCAGUUCCUCUUUCCAGAGAAGGUGAGGCUAGCACCACAGAGAUGAUUGCACAGGUGAUCAGCCCUGGUGGCAAGAUGAAGGAGGCUGAGAUUGUGGAAAGCGAGGACAAUGUUUACAGCGUGCGAUUUGUGCCCAGUGAGAUGGGCCCGCAUACCGUCAAUGUCAAGUACAGGGGCCAGCAUGUACCGGGAAGCCCUUUCCAGUUCACAGUGGGGCCCCUGGGAGAGGGUGGAGCCCACAAGGUCCGAGCGGGCGGACCAGGCCUAGACAGGGGUGUGGCUGGUGUUCCAGCUGAGUUCUGCAUCUGGACUCGAGAGGCUGGUGCAGGGGGCCUAUCCAUUGCUGUAGAGGGUCCCAGCAAAGCAGAAAUCACCUUUGAAGACAGGAAGGAUGGGUCAUGUGGGGUCUUCUACAUUGUCCAGGAGCCAGGUGAUUAUGAGGUGUCUAUCAAAUUUAAUGAUGAAGACAUACCCGAUAGCCCCUUCGUCGUUCCAGUUGCGUCCCUGUCAGAUGAUGCCCGAAGACUCAAAGUGACCAGCCUGCAGGAGAAGGGUUUGGAGGUGAACCGAGAGGCCUCCUUUGCUGUGCAGCGUAACGGUGCACGGGGAAUUAUAGAUGCCAAGGUGCACACACCCUCUGGGGCGGUGCAGGAGUGUUACAUUCAUGAGGUGGACAGUGACAAAAACACCAUCCGCUUCAUCCCAAGGGAACGUGGCGUUCAUGCCAUUGAUGUGAAGUUCAAUGGUCGUCACAUCCCCGGCAGCCCCUUCAAGGUCUGUGUGGGAGAGCUGGGCCAGACUGGGGACCCAGGAAUGGUGUCUGCUUUUGGGCCUGGUCUGGAAGGGGGAAUCACAGGGGUGCCAGUACAUUUCACUGUGAACACUUGUAAUGCUGGCUCAGGGGCCCUCUCUGUCACUGUUGAUGGGCCCUCCAAGGUGAAGCUUGACUGCUGCGAGUGUGCCGAAGGGUAUAAAGUUACAUACACGCCUAUGGCACCGGGGAAUUAUCUCAUCUCUAUCAAAUAUGGUGGGCCACAGCAUAUCGUGGGGAGCCCAUUCAAAGUUAAAGUCACAGGUACUCGCCUGUCAGGGGGACACAGUCUUCAUGAAACUUCAUCUGUUCACGUGGAGACUGUGAGCAAGGUGUCCAAAGCAGGUGGCGCUUACAGUGUCCAGCCCAAGUUGUUGUCUGAUGCCAGUAAGGUGGUGUCCUGGGGAGAAGGUCUCUCUGCAGCUGUUGUCGGCCAGAAGAACACCUUCACUGUCGACUGCAGCAAAGCAGGAUCCAACAUGUUGCUGGUGGGGGUGCAUGGGCCGAGAGCCCCUUGUGAGGAGGUGUAUGUCAAGCACAUGGGCGGCAGAGUGUACAACGUCACCUACAGGUUGCAGGAGAAAGGCGACUAUGCCCUCAUUGUCAAGUGGGGAGAGGAAAAUGUAAAGGGGAGCCCUUUCCACAUCAAUGCGCUGUAGAGUCUCGGAGAUAUUUCAUCCGUGACCCACGCGUGAUGCACACCAAGGGUGUCCAGCCAUGAUUUAUAAAGACCACUGAAUUUGUGGGAUUAAACUGUGCAUCUCAUCGCAUUUAUGUUUAUGUUUCUUCAUUUAGCAGAUGCUUUUCUCCAAAGCGACUUCCAAUGAACACUAGGUAGUGUUAUCAGCCCACACAUUACAUAACUACAUAACAGUGCAUUACUUAAAAUCAGAAGUUUACGUUGUUUACCUCAGACAUUUACCUGGUCUAGCUUUUGUAUGUAUUAUCACAUUAGCACAAUUGAAAUUAUUUUCACCUGAAAAGUUGGUCGUGGUAUAAUAUACAGGCAGAGGAAGAUUUGGUUAAUUAACUGAAUUUUGGCAAUUAAAUAAAUAAAAUCCUGCAAACCUUAUGGCUUUCCUAGGGCAUCGCUGGGACACAAACAACCUGCACCCUCCAGCAAACACCUGUCCAGUGUUCAAAGACAUGCCGAUUUUAAUGUGUCCU